AUGGUUGGAGGACCAACAAAACAGGAUCCCAGUGAUCCUGAGCACAUGGUGCGCGCAUGGAAAGCCGCGAAAGGUGUCAAUGACAAUGCUUCGAACGCAGGACCGUAUCAUAUGAUCCCUAUUAAGGUCGUAAAGGCUGAAUCUCAAGUUGUAGCUGGAAUUAAAUACAUAUUCGAAGUACUGUUUGGUGAAUCGACAUGUAAGAAAGGAGAAAUGUCAGCAACCGAACUUUCUGCUUCCAACUGCCAGCUCAAGGAGGGCGGAAACAGGGCUCUGUACAAAGUUGAGCUCUGGGAAAAGCCAUGGGAGAAUUUCGAGCAGUUCAAUGUGGAGAAAAUCCGAAACGUUGAUGCCAGCGAACAUAUCUAA